AGAAAUAAAUAAACGGAGGCGCGGUAGUUUUUCGUGAGGAGGAACACGAACACUCGCGGAAGACAAGAGCUCUUCAUCUCAUAUUAAGAAGUUGAAGUGCUUGGUACAGGUGGCGUGUCCUCAUCAUCAUGUGUGUGCUGUUUCGCUGUGGUGUCCUGCUGUUUCUGCUGUGUUCUGUGAGUGUCUCCCAGUCUCAGUCUUCAUCAUAUGGAGCGCGGGGUUCAGAUCUGGGUCUGCAGGUGUUUAUGCGAGUGCUCCAGGAUCGAGCACAGGAGAAUGUGCUGCUGUCUCCCCACGGCGUGGCCUCGGUGUUGGGGAUGCUGCUCCCGGGUGCCCAUGGGAACACACGCAGACAGCUGCUCAACGGGCUCAAAUACAAGAAGAACGGUCCAUAUAAGAUGUUGCGGAAGCUUCAUAAGUCUUUAACGACAAAAUCUAAUGCCGAUAUUGUGACCAUCGCCAACGCUUUGUUUCCUAAUGAGGGAUUCUGCAUGAAGGAGGACUUCCUGUCUGCCAACAGAGAGAACUUCCUGUGUGAGAGUCACGGUGUGGACUAUAGUGACCCGGAGACAGCCGCACAGUCCAUCAACGACUGGGUGAAGAGCAGCACUAAAGGCCAGAUUCCCAGUGUGGUGAAUGCGGAUAUGUUCGACCCGACUCUGACGCGUCUGGUGGCUGUAAACUCCAUCUUCUUUAAAGGCCUCUGGAAGUCUCGUUUCCAGCCUCAAAACACCAAACCCCGGAGCUUCACUGCCGGAGACGGAAACACAUACAAAGUGCCCAUGAUGUCCCAACUCUCCGUCUUCAACAUGGGUCAGGCCAGCACUCCAGAUGGGCAGAAGUACAUUGUUAUUGAGCUGCCGUAUCACGGGAACAGCAUGAGUAUGUUUAUCGCUCUGCCUGUAGAAGAUUCGACUCCUCUGUCCUCCAUCCUGCCGCACAUCUCCACCAGCACCAUCCAGAGCUGGACCAAACUGAUGAACCCCAGGAGGAUGCGCCUGCUGAUGCCAAAAUUCACAGUCGAGCAGGAGGUGGAUCUGGAGAGUCCUCUUAAAGCUCUGGGAAUCAAAGAUAUCUUUGACCAGAACAAGGCGGAUUUCAGACACCUGAGUUCAGAGUCCAUCUACGUGUCCAAAGCCCUUCAGAAAGCCAAGAUAGAGGUCAAUGAGGACGGAACCAAAGCCUCUGCCACCACAUCUGUAAUCCUACACGCUCGAUCCUCUCCGCCAUGGGUGACUGUGGACAGACCGUUCCUGUUUCUCAUCAGACACAAUUCUUCAGGAACCAUCCUAUUUGCCGGCCAGAUCAACAAACCUUGAACACACACACACACACACGCACGCACACACACACACACACACACACACACACACACACACACACACACAAACACACACAAAUACAGAUGAAUAUAUUACUUUUGUCUACUUUUUGACUGCGUGUUCCUUUGUCUUUUUACGCUCGUCUUUGUAUUAAGACUCCAGGUUAUUUGCAAUCUUGGAGAGCUUUUUGUAAGAUUUUAUACGUAGUUUCUUAAUGCAAGUUUUUCUCACUUUAAUGUGACCAACCUUUGUUUAACAUUAACUGAGAUGGCUACUUUGUCCUUAAUAAAGGUUUAUUCAGUUGAUUAGUCAUCUAACGAUGCAUUUCCCUGCAUUAAUGUCAUAUUUUAUUAAAUGAUGUUCUUCUGCUGCUUCAGCUUGUUUUGUUUUUUUCAUUUUACAGCAUAUGAUGUUUAUUUAAUAAAGGAUAUUCAAGUUA